AUGAACUGGUCGGCGUCCGUUCUCACCACCGUAUCUUCGGACACAGAACCUACCAUCAUCAUUACAUUUGAUUCCGCGAAGUACAUCUUCAAUGCUGGCCAGAACACCAACCGUGCUUUUUUGCAAAGCCAGCGUAAUUGGAGGAAGACUCGAGGCAUUUUUUUCACGCAAGUUGGGGUCGAGAGAGCAGGCGGACUCGCUGGCCUCUUAAUGACAUUUGCGGACGCCACCAUUAAAAUGUUGAACGUCGUCGGUCCUCCAGGGUUGACUCAUUAUCUGGCGUCGAUGCGCCUGUAUACUUACAGGGACUCUAUGCGGGUAAAACCUAUCGAGGCGUCUUCAUCCACCACGACAGCUUCUCCCCCGCGACCUGUCUAUAAAGACGAGAAUGUCGCUAUCUACGCAUUGACAAUCUCAUCAUCUCCGGACUCAGAGAUGGCCGCGAUCGCCACCGAUAGUGCAACUACAAGCGACCUUUCGGCUCCAGACAUUCCAUCGAAAAGGAAACGAGAAGCAACCCCAGAUUCUCCUCGCAAACGCUCCUCCAACCAAACCCUUAAACAAAUCAUGGAAGACCCCGACUUUUUGCCAGAAGACCUCACUGACGAGCGUGCUCACGAAUGGAGGGAACAUGUCAUUAAGACUAUGUUUCCCGACACCAAAAUCGAUUCACCGAAAAAGGGUGGUAAAGCGAAGGUUAGCAAGGCAGUUCAGCAAGACAGCGGCAACGGCUCAGCAAACGUUGACGACUGUCGUCGAGCUCGCGCCGCGCCGCCAAAAGGGUUUCAUAUGCAGUUGCCAGCAUUUUCGCGCACUUCGGACGUUCAGGCUCUCGCGUAUGUUGUAAUUGGACCUCGUGUGCGUGGAAAGUUUGACGUUGAAAAAGCCGUGGAAUUGGGCAUUCCCUUUGGACCUCUACGCGCGAAGUUGACGAAGGGUGAGAGUAUUACCUUCAAAGUGAAACGAGGCGACGAGGAGUUUGAAAGGACAGUCAAACCGGAAGAGUGUAUUGGACCAAGUGAAACUCCUGGGGUGAUCAUCGUUUUGGACGUUCCUUCAACCCAUCAUAUACCCGACUUGGUAUCCUCUUUCAAGGAUUCGGAAUUCUUCAGGCAGUUCCUAUCAAAGGUUCCCGGAACCUCAGAUAGCUACGCUGUGCGCAAUAUUUUCCACCUAUGUGGCGACAACGUCCUAGGAGACGAACGGUACAAGGCCUUCAUGAAAGAGUUUGCACCUGACGUAAACCACGUUGUUGCAUCUCGCGAACACUGCCCUGACCCGGUCACCUUUACGAGCGCCGCUUUCAACCAACUUCGCCUGAGUGAGCUCGAUAAUACCAUGUUUCCAGUACCCAAAUACCGCCUCGAUCCAGAGACCAAAUUUUCAGACAUUGCGGGCCUACCGGAGAAGAUCCACAUAAUGGCGUCUAACCUCUACAUGAACAUGCGGCCUCCAGCUCCGCCCAUAAUAGAGAAUUUGCCUGGAGGCGGAGAUAGAUUCCAUCCAGCCGUGAAAAAAUCUUCAUCUCUCGACCUGUCGCAGCUUACCUCGGGGAAGUUUGCUGCAGCGCGUUUAAACGUCGCUAAUGCCCUCGAGAAUGGAAUGGAUGUGCCCAAAGGCGCUGAAGUUGGUGUCCUCCCGCUUGGCACUGGCAGCGCUCUUCCCAGCAAGUACCGCAACGUCUCUUCAACUCUCAUCCAAAUUCCUGGAUGGGGAAACAUCUUACUCGAUGCUGGUGAAAGCACAUGGGGUCAGCUGGUCCGUUACUUUGGGACGGACGACACGUCGUCCCCGAACGUUUGGGAUGUGCUCAGAAAUCUCAAAUGCGUAUUUAUCAGCCACAUUCACGCUGAUCAUCAUCUCGGUCUCUCAAUGAUUCUUACCAAACGUCGUUCACUCAACCCGUUACCCACAGAGCCUCUUUAUAUCGUCACGAUUCGUGGAGUGAACAUGUACCUCCGAGAAUUAUCAGAUAUCCAGGAUUUAGGACUGAACGACCCUUCCGGAAAUGGCGUCGUUCAGAUCCAGAGUGAAGCUCUCCACUAUCGACGUACGGACUAUGCUACAGGGGGAAUGUGGCAGGUUGGUGGAAACGAGCCUUGGGUUGAUAGAGAGGCGUCUCGUAAACACAGCAGCGAUAUGUGUCGCGCUCUUGGAUUGGAGAGCUUCAAGACUGUUGACGUUUAUCACAAUGCUCGGUGUUACGGUUGUGUUGUCACCCAUGUAGACGGAUGGAGCAUCGUGUUUUCCGGUGAUACACAACCUACCGAUAAUCUUGUUCGAGCUGGCCGUGGGGCAACGCUUCUGAUCCACGAAGCUACAAUGGCCGACGAUCAAGAAGACAUGGCAAAACGCAAAGGACAUAGUACGUUCGGUCAAGCCAUUACCAUCGGGAAAAGGAUGAAAGCUUCCAACAUCCUCCUCACCCACUUUUCCGCUCGUUACCCCAAAAUGCCGCCUUCAGGCUUGAAACCGCGAGCGAGUGGCAGUACAGAACCCACCGUUGCUGUUGCAUUCGACCAUGUGAAUCUGACGAUUGGGAAUAUGUGGAAAAUAGGCUACUACCUGCCAGCACUUCAGCAGAGUUUCUAUGAUACUAUCGAGGAGGGAGACGAAGAAGAAGCUGCAGCUAUCGAGGCUGUUGACAUGGACUGUGAUUUGACCUGA